AUGACAGUCACAGAAUAUCAAGAGCGCGUCUACGCACUCCUAUGCCAGAUCCCCAAAGGAAAAGUCGCCUCCUACGCCUCCCUCUCCAAAGCUCUCUCUUCCUCUCCUCGAGCAGUGGGCGGUGCAUUGCGAAGGAAUCCUUUCGCGCCGGAAGUGCCUUGCCACAGAAUAAUUUGCGCAGAUGGCUCAAUUGGUGGAUUCAAGGGAGAGCCGCAAGAUGCGCCUUCUGGCAUUAAUCAGAAGGAGAAAUUGAGGUUGUUGAAGAGUGAAGGUGUUCUAUUUGAGAAUGGUAUCUUGAUAGAGAAGGACAGAUGGUGGGAUUGUUUCAAGGUGUGAGUACAGAUGAUUCUGUGUAAUUAGAUUAAAACAAGCAAUGUGAAUCUUGAUAAGGC